AUGGAGUGCUACUACAUUGUCAUCAGCUCCGCGCACCUCAGCAACGGGCACUUUCGCAACAUCAAGGGAGUUUUCCGAGGUCCCCUCAGCAAGAACGGGAACAAAACUCUGGAUUAUGCUGAAAAGAAAAACACGAUAGCAAAAGCUCUGGAAGAUCUUAAAGCCAACUUCUACUGUGAACUCUGUGACAAGCAGUACUAUAAACACCAGGAGUUUGACAAUCACAUUAACUCAUAUGAUCAUGCUCACAAACAGAGACUCAAGGAGCUGAAACAGAGGGAGUUUGCUCGAAACGUAGCUUCUAAGUCAAGAAAAGAUGAAAGAAAACAGGAAAAAGCCCUUCAACGUUUGCACAAGUUAGCUGAGCUAAGGAAAGAGACAGCCUGUGCUCCUGGAAGUGGCCCCAUGUUCAAAUCCACUACAGUAACUGUGCGUGAUAAUUUCCAUGAUAUCCCGCAAAGUGCUGCCAUAGACUCUGCUAAUAUACAAGAUUUCAACUGCACAUUAACAAACAGUGCACAGAAUUCUAAAGAUGUUCCUUCUGUUAUUUCUUCCACUGCUGAAAAUGCAGGUAGUAAUAAAUCUGACACUAAUAAAUUUGGAGAUCAAGUUCAAGGAGCUCAAGGACAUAAAGUUGGGUUCUCUUUUGCUUUCCCUAAGAAAGCAGUGGUCAAACUGGAGUCUUCAGCUGCUGUUUUCUAUGAAUAUAAUGAUGAAACAGCUAUCGAGCGUGGGUUUAGCAGAAAAAGUAGAUUUGUUCCAGGAACUUGUAAUCCUCAGUCUCCAUCGGCAGAAAUAGUUCUGUGCCCUGAGGAGAAACAUAACUGUUCUUACCCACUGGUGGAAAAAUACACUGAGACAGAGGAAGCUCCUGAAAAUCAGGAGUCAAAACAACCAGCCAGUAACAAAAAUGGAAUGGUGGAGAGUCCUGUAUUCAUUCCUGAUGUUUCUCAUACAAAAAAACCUGUCUCUUCUGAUUUGGAUAACUACAAUACUGCUAUAAGUACAUCAGAUUUACCAGAUCAAACACUGUCUACAGGUGCGGCCAGUAAUCAUGUGUUGCCCUUAGUAUGUAACAGUUAUGAAAUGCUGGGAAAUGGAUCUCUUGCUCAGACUGCUAUGGAGGAUUCUUUAUCUCUGCAAGAUAUUACAGGGGAAAAUGAUAAAGACAAGAGCAGUGAUUCAUCCACAAUUGAAAUUGAAAUAAAACAACUUGGGGCUGAUGCAUUAAUUUCAUCAAAUUAUGAAGAAGAUAAUAAAACUCCACAAAGCAAAUCAGACACACGCAAGAGACCCUGUGAACCAUUUGUUCCUGUGCUUAGCAAAUAUGGAUCAAAUAUACUUCAGUGGCCAUCGGAAAUGUUGAUCUACACAAAUACAGACCCAUCAAUUUCUUAUAGUUGUAAUCCUUUAUAUUUUGACUUCAAGUCAUCAAAAGCAAGUGACAGCCAAGACAAGCCCAAGCAUCAGCCAAACAUACCUCACUCUCAAGAUAGAACUGAAUCCAACCAUAGCCUAGUCUUAGAUUUUACAAAUAAAUCCACUUCAAAAGGUGGUGAUUAUGAAACACAAAUGAAUAAAAGUGUAUGCGACUAUACAAUACCUCUUAUAAAUGAUGUUUCCCUCAUCAGAAAUUGUGAUCUUGCAAAAAAUCAAGAUAAAAUGUGCUUAGAUGAGUCAUUCAGGUUUAGAAAAACAGAAAAGCGUCACAUUUUUAAAAAUCAUUUACGACAAAACACUGUGACAGAUGAGAAACAUAAUAAAGUCCGUAUCAAAGAAAGCCAUGUAAAAUGGCUUUGCAAAAAUAGAAAACGGAAAAGGAGAAGAAAACUGUGUCAUUGCUGUCAUCAUCAUCAUUGUUGGGAAACAGCAAAAGCAGAAAUGAAGAUUUCCUCAGUGCCUGAACAGGAAAUUAGUUACGAAGAAGAAAAUAAACAUCAACGUCUUCAGAAUAAUCCAGAGAAGUGCAGAUGUAGUGCAGGGACUAUCUGGUUACCUACAGGUGAGCUACAACAGUCAUAUCAAAAACUUGGCUUUGAAAACAAAAGUCAUAAAAGAGCUAUAGCUACAUCAGCUCAUGUAUAUGGGGACAGAGGCUCAUGUGAGAUUUGGAGUACAAAAGAUAGUAUCCGCAGCACCGAUUCUAACCACAGGAGGAGUAAAGCAAGCUCUCGGAGACAAUCAAAACAACUGGCUCUGAAUUCUAGAAGACAUAACUUAAUGUUCUCUAGAGCAAUUUGCAGUUGGAAAGUCGGAAGAUCAAGCUGUAGCCCAGAGCGUAAGUGUUCAGGACGUUGCAGUGAGGAGAAGAGUCUGAACCAAAAUCAGUCCAUAAAGAGAGGUUACAACUUUCUGACAGAUGAACCUGAAAAAUUCCAUGGAAAACGAAGGCAGCGUAUCUAUUCCUGUUCAUCAGAUGAAAGUUUGUGCAGACAGACAUUUUUAGCAGAAGAAUAUUUAAGGCAAGCGAGUACUGUAGCUGCACAUCACAAGGCAAAAGGGAGACGCAGGAGGAGGAAAACUAGAAUACGUCAUGUAUUUAUUGACAAGGAUGCAAGAAGUGAGACCUCCAGACCUUUGGAAGAAAAUUCUACGAAUUCUGCAUUAAGUAUUUUGGGAGAACUGUUGAUUCAAGACAAUGUAGAGCAAACUAAUACUGAUCCCAAAGUUGUUCAGGGAAAAAAUACUGAUGAAACAAUGCAGCCAGUGGAAAACAAGUCACGUCUACAAACUGAUGGUUCACGUUCGCUGGAAAAAGAGAAACUGGCAGAGCAUUCAGCAGUGGAGAACCCCGUGAGUACGCUUUCGGAAGCUGUCACGCAUUCGGCUGCUUCUGUUCCUGAGCACGGUGUUCCAGUGACUGCAUCCACAGACGACAUUCUGGAAGAUGAAAAGAAAAAUGAAAAUAUAAACAGUUAUGAAAAUCAAGCUCCUUAUAAAGUGCCCAUCAGCAACAGAAAUUUGGAGCAGGUUUUUCCUAAAUCGCUUCUUUGCCAGUAUGAAUUGGCUGAGUCUGUACCACACGAGAAAAUUAAUGAGGUGGCUAGUGAAUGGGUCCGGUGUAAUUCUGGCAUUUUUAACAGCCCACCACCUUUGCCAUUCAAAGAAGCACAUCUAAACAGUCAUACCUUUUUAACGACCGACCAGUUAAUUGCCCCUUUUACACUGCCAGACCAGGCAUUGAUAUUUCCUCCAGAUAAUCAUGAGAAAUUCAAAGACCUCCAGUCUGAAGCAUAUCAGCAGAUCAUGCAGCAAAAUAUGCUGGCUAACAAAGUAAAAUUUACCUUUCCUCCCACGGCGAUCCAGCCCCCGAGUUCUCCUUUGCCCUUACCUUUGCAGCAGCCGCUGUGUUCUACCUCAGUUACCACUAUCCAUCACACUGUCCUACAGCAGCACGCGGCUGCAACAGCAGCCGCGGCAAGUACAUUUAAGGUUCUUCAGCCCCACCAGCAGCUCCUCUCGCAGGUCCCCGCUCUUUCCAGAACACCUUUACCUCAUCUGUCGGUAGGACCUAGACUUUGUCCAGGAGGCCAUGCAACUUUUGUUGCUCCAGCGCAUUUGCCGCUGAUUCCGACUUCAGUCCUCCAUCCAGCGCACCUGACCUUUCCCCCGCUGCCGCACACGGCGUUUCCUUCGCUGCUCUCACCGCAUCCAGCUGUCAUUCCACUGCAGCCACUCUUUUAGGACAGAUUUCUAGCAGCAGCAAUGGGAAAAAGGAAUCUUCAGAUAAACAGACUUGCUAUUUCUGCAGUCUCCUCAGCUCUGCAGAACAGUUCUGUGAAACUAACAGGUUCAAAAUUCUCAUUCAUUUGGAAGGAUUUACUGUAAGUAUAAUGAUGCAAAUAUUCAUGUAAAAUUCAGACCUAUACUACAAUUAA